AUGGGAACAAACUCUUCUAUACUCUACGAAAACCCCAGCUCCACCGUCUUCCUUGUCGACAUCCCCACAUCCAUUGCACUAGCACAGGACUUCUCACCACAGUCAAACUCCGGCACAUCCAAUAACACAGAACCUGACUCAAUCACAUCAUUAUACAAGAAAACAGUCAAAAGGCGACAUAUCAUAUCAUCAACCCCACUGAAGCAACCAUACGCGGUUUCAAACGAGCCAAAAUCGGAAACCGCGCGCACAAAAGUCCUUGAGCAGACCCCGCAGUCAGAAAAGGAUAUCCACGGAGCUGUCUGUCUUCUGGCGUCUAAUGCUCUGAGUGAGAUCAAGCAUUAUUAUCCGAAAGAUUCGGAAUGGUGUCUUCCUCGGUACCUUCUCGAAGACGAAGAUGGUAAGGAGUCUGGAGAAGAUUCCAAACAGAAUGAGAAGGCGCGCUCUAAGUGGCUAGAUGAAAUCCGGGAUGGAAAGAGAGCACGCGGGAAGAAACGGCGACAGGAUGAGCAUCCUGAUGCCUCUGAUGGGAAGGAACAGGGUGACCCUCAGUUCUUCGAUAUCCAAGUCCCUUCACGCCAGCUGUCGGCAGAUGAAAAUGAUCAAUUUCAACGCCAGCCUCCUCUGAUCCUAGCACCCGGCAGAAAUCGGUUCGAAGACGAAAGCAAGAUAUGCAACACCUUGGUGAAGAAUACGUCUUCAGAUACAACGACCAUCGAGCUACGAGACCCGUUUGCAAUCAAGUCGCUCAGACGAUUCAGUUUCGAUUCUAAGCAGGCGCACAAACGAGGACAUGUACGAGAGCAUGUGUUUAUCAUUCCGCCACUGUCAAAAUUCAUCCUAUGCAAUCUACCACUAUCAGAUGAGCUAGAUUACGCAAAUCCAACUCCAAUCCCGGACCUUGACCCAGACCAAAAGUUCAACUUGAUCGUCCUCGAUCCGCCAUGGGCAAACAGGUCUGUUCGGCGCAGCGGCCACUAUCAGACGCAGACGUACCUUGAUAAUGAGAUGCUUAUGGGAUAUAUCUCCUCUGUGUUUGCGGCACAUUCUCAUCCAGGUCCGCCUCCGCUGCCUGGCGACACUCUAGACCGUGACAAAUUUAAGUCUAACCUCUCAAUCGCCGCAAUAUGGACUACCAACUCCGCUAAAUCGAGGGCUAUAGCGUACGGCUCUCUCAUUGAGUCAGGUUUUUCUAUCUGCGAGGAAUGGGUGUGGAUCAAGACUACUGUUGAGGGAGAGCCUGUGACGUCGAUUGAAGGGCUCUGGCGGAAGCCGUAUGAAAUUCUUGUCAUCGGGCAAAAAGGGCGAGGUCUAGCUUCCGGUUCCAAGGAUAGUGCUAGUGCUGGUGGCGCUGGCGUUGUGAGAAGAGUAAUUGCCGCUGUUCCGGAUGUUCACUCGCGAAAGCCGAACCUCAAAGAGCUGUUUGAAAAGGUCUUUUUCUCUUCUGACUCAGAGAAUGGUUCUGGUACUGAAGCCGUUAACGGCCCUGGGAAUAAGCCCGUAGAGUAUUCAGCGCUCGAGGUAUUUGCGAGGAACCUGACCGCUGGAUGGUGGGCUUGUGGGAAUGAGGUUCUAAAGUUCAAUUCAGAGAGUUGGUGGGUGGAAGCCGACAGCUGCAGGCAUGCACCUGUCAAGUCAUGA